ACCCACGCAAAUACCGCGUCAUGAAAAACAUGGCGGAUUAGUAUGUGCAUGGGUCCGCUACUCGCUUACCGCCGUCGAUUAAUGAAAGCUUAUUUCUCCCUGCAAACGACACAUUUUUGAACAGGUCACAAUGUUUCGUCGGUCAAGAUUUAGUAUUCGGCCCAAUGUCAGUACAGCAGGGAGAACAGCUGCAACAUCUCAGGAAGCCCCUUCAGCAAAUCAGGAAGCCAGUGAGACCCCCAAAGAUGCCGGUGAGACCAGCGCUGCUGCUGCUGCUGUGACUGACAGCAAGUCUGUUGUGACUCCGUCAGAAAAACCUACAGCCGCAGGGGAUGGUAACGAUCAAAAUGGGGAAGGUACCAGCUCCUCAGCUGCAGUCCAGAGAAGGAAGCGUUUUUCUGUCAAGCCCAAAGUGGCUCCAGGCCGCCCAUCCGCUCUUGCUCGGACGCCAAAGUCCCCUGCCAAGGCAGUCUCAGAAACCACCACUACUGAAACUACUACUGCUGAGAUCCCUGGUUCAGACGUUGACAAGCCAACAACAUCCGGCCAAAUUGGAAAUAGAGCAGCCCCUCAGGGACUUCAAUCUCCAAGGCGACGGAGGCCUUCAGAAGACAGCAAGCAGCCUAAAGUGCAACCUAAACCCACUCUCAUCUCUUCUGACAGUCCAGGACCUUCUGCUGUCCCUCCAGCUGAGGACUCGCCAGAACAAAUCCAGAUGUCGGUAGACGGCGGCAAACAAUCUGAGAGCACAUCAGACAGUCAAGUUAAAGAAGUUCCCCCCAGACCACCAGAUAAAGUCCCCCCCUCUUUACCAGACAAAGAAGCUACUGAAUUAUCAGAGAAAGCCAAGACUCUCGUGUCGUCUAAGAGCGGGCUUUCACUGACACCACCCAAGUUCUCCUUGAGUAGACUCCUGAAUGACCCAUCAGACUUACAGAGGCUGGAAAAGGCCCGUAAGCUCAGAGAGCUGCUCAAACAAGAGAUGCACAAAGAAAAGAAACUCAAGAAAACUAAGGCACGUGUUAAGGAAUAUACUUUAGAUCCCGCCAAAAUGACCAUGAGGGACCUUAUCCGUUAUCUGCCGAUGUCUAACCCCAUGACAUCUAAUUUAGAAGACUCGGCUCAGGAGAAUGAGACUAUUGUCCCACCUUCUCCAGAAAGAGAAGAGUCACCGGAGAGAGCACAGGAACCUGAAGUCCUCCCCAAAAUUGCAAGCCCGAGGGAGGAGGUGGAAGGAGAAGAGGCGGCGGCGGCAGCAGCAGCGGAGGAUGAGGAGGAGGAGGAAGAUCCGGAUGAAGCGCCCAUGGUUCCGCAGGUCAAAGUAGCAGAGGAUGGCUCACUGAUCAUUGAUGAGGAGAGUUUGACAGUGGAAGUCAUGCGAGCAAAAGGGCCAAACCCAGCACAGGGUCGAGAUCCCAUCUUCGAGCGUGGGUCCACUACGACGUACUCAAGCUUCAGAAAAGGGACCUAUUCAAAGCCCUGGUCCAAUGAAGAGACAGACAUGUUCUUCCUGGCGAUCAGCAUGGUGGGCACAGACUUUUCCAUGAUUUGUCAACUGUUUCCUCACAGACCACGAUCGGAGAUAAAGAACAAAUUCAAAAAAGAAGAGCGAGAGAAUACCUGGAGGAUUGACAAAGCUUUCAGAGAGAGGCGUAAACUGGACAUAGAGUAUUUUUCUAAGCUGCUAGAGAAGAUUCUGGAAGUUCAGAAAAACAGGAAGAAACUCAAGUCACUUUCUGUGAAGAACUCCCCCAAGAAGCGCAAGAGAAAGGGCAAAAAAGCUGCAAGGAAGCUGAGUGAUGUAGAGGAGGAAGAUGAAGAAGAGGAGAGUGAACUUCCUGUCUUUGAGGAGGAGGAGGAGGAGGAGGAGGAGGAGGAGGGAGAGAAAGAGAAUGAGGACCUCUGUAAUGAGGGAGGAACCCCUGUUUCUAAGCCUAAAAGGAAACGGAAAAGAAAGAACGAAAAGGAUUCCUCAACCGAGGAGCCAAAAGGCAAGAAAAAACAAACGGGUGAAAAGAGCAAUGAACAAGGUGAGGCCUGCAUACCUGAAGAUGCUGAGGCAGCACUUCCUGAGGACCGUACAAAUGCAGACAUGUCUGACAAGACUGAGAAUACAAAUGGAGCCAAGGACAGCGCAAUCAAGCCAGCUAAACUCUCACGAGGCAGAGCACCAAAACCCCUUCUGCCACUGGGCAGGAAGUGGGGUAAAAAGCAUCCACCAGCCUCCGCAAAGGCCAAAGAUAGUGCGUCAGAUAAAGGAGACGAGAGCGUGAGCGAUGGAGCCUCUAAAGAGCAGGUAAACAAAGACGUGUCACCUUCAAGACAAGCCAGUGAGAGGAAAUCAGCCAGUGAUAACGUUUCCUCUGAAGAUGAAGAUUACACAGUUCAACCUCCGAGACCUACCAGGUAUGGGAGAGUGCCCAAACCCACCAAGCACUUAAAUUACCUUGCCAAGGAAGAUGCACAUUCAUCUGCAUCUGAAAGCACUCCUGCAUCACCAGGGAAAUCUGCAGCUUGUGAUGCCAAGCCUAAAGUCAAAUGCACAACCAAGAGAGGAAGACCAUCAAAGCCAAAAUCAGCCCAAGAGUCCAAAAAGCCCAAACUAGUAACCCUCAGGGCUUCUCAGUCAGAUUACAGCGAUGAAGAGGAUGAAAAUGAGAGAAAGGAAAACGAGGUGGAGGAGCAGUGGGCUGCGUGUAGCUCCAGUAAGGACAGCAGUGCCCCUGCGUUUGUGCCUGCCAUCCUGCGCUCCCCACAUCCUGGAAUUUCAGAGGUGGAAGAAACUAUGGAGGAGCUUGAUAUCUUGGCCAAUAUGCCCGAUGUGUUGGGCAUCUCCCAAGAUGCACUGUGUCCCGAUGCCUCAUGCGAGCGGGCACAAAAUGAGACAGGCACAGCUGAACCCUGUGAGCAUCAGUUGGACCUGCUGGUUGAUGUUAUAGACUUCCUUUCUUCAGAACACACAGAAGUAUCUGAGGACGAAAGCUACAACGAGGCUGCUCAAACCCUGUUGACCAUCGGCAACCUGGCUCAUCUCUCUCAGUCAGCACAGAAUCAAACAACCACACAAGAUCACGUAACAGAGAUAACAUCAGUCAGUGUAAAUGAAACCAGUGAACACCUAGAAGUAGAGAUUGCAGCAACUGGUGUUGCACAAGAGGAAACAAGCGUCACAGAAACAUCAGAGACUGUUGCCACUGUGGAACCGCAAAACAGCGCAACAGACAAGGAGCCUUUAUCUCAGACUGGUGAUCUAACCAUUAUUAAAAUCAGUGAUGAGACGUGUACUGAGCAGGAGACCACUUCUGAUAUGGACUCAACCCCUCAAUUACAGUCAAGUGAAGAGAUUUCAAAGAAAGAUUCUCCACAGACCAGGAGAGGACGCUUAUCCAAGGUGAAACCAAAACCUAACCUUAGCCGAGUCUCGAGGACUGCACUGUCAAAAUCCCAAUCAGGUACAUCAACAGCAGGGACAGCUGAAGAGAGCCAAACAGUUGCUCCUGACCUUUCUCAAGCCACUGAGAUACAACCAGCUGCUGAAAAAACAACCCUUACGUUAGCAGAGUGUAGUCCAGCAUUGAUAAAACAUGACAUUUCCCCAGAAAACCAGAAUCAGAGCUUUUCUGGGGCCCAGUUUGAACCCAGUUCGGAACCAGCCACCAGAGACACAGAUGAAAAACUGAAAUCUCAUGCUGGUAUAAUUGAAAGUGGCUCUAAUAAUCCAGGGACAUCUGACACAGCAGUCACAGAAUCACAAGUUGAACAAAGGUCAAACACUGAUUCAGUCACAGUCCAAGAAAGCAGCGAUGGUGCUGAUGCUUCCGUCACACCUGUAGAAGAUUUACCCGUCUGUCAGAAAGAAGAGAGUGAAGUCGCAUCUACUACUCAGACCAGGGUGAGUCGAUUCCAGAAAGCCAAGCCCAAACCCAAACUACCACAGGCGUCAAGAACUGUACGGUCUAAACCUCAAACAACAAAAGACUCUCUAGAGAAAGAUACCAGCUCAUCUACAAACCUUGAAUCCACUGACAAAACAAUAGCAGAGACAGAAUCACAACCAACUUGCACCACCUGUCCUGAAAAACCAGGCACUCCAGUUUUGAUACCAUCCUUGGAUUUAGAUUCUACUCUUAUACCUACAGAGGAACUGUCUUCAAUUGCAGAGGAGAAGACAGAUGUUGGACUCGUUGAUGAGGUAGACUCAGGUGCAGCACCAUUGGAUCAGAGUUAUCCAGAAGCCCAGUCUGAAUCCACAGAUGAACAACUGAUGUCUCACGCUGAAACAAAAGUGAGUAGUUGUAAUAAUCCGGCGACAUCUGACCCAGAAAUUACAGAAUCACAAAUUAGACGAGGAGAAGAAGGCAGUGACAGUCCUGCUGCAUGCGUUACACCUGUGGAAGAGUUACCUAUCAGUCAGAAAGAAGAAAGUGAAGUUGCAUCUUCUUGUCAAACUAGGAGGAGUCGAUUACAAAAGGUCAAACCAAACCUGCCGCAAACAUCAAGAACUGUACGGUCUAAACCUCAAACCACAAAAGAACCUGGUGUGCACAUGCAGCCUUUGAAGAAAACCUCUAGCCCAACUUUAAUGCCUGAAUCCUCAGACAAUCCUGACAAUACAGUAUUAGUGGUGGAACCACAACCAACCUGCAGUACCACCUCUCCUGAAAAACUUGAAAGUACUGGCGCUGCUUCAGUUUUGAUACCAUCAUUGGAAUUAGGCUCCGCUCAUGAACCCACAGAGGAAUUAUCCUCAACUGUGGAGAAAAACACAAAUGUUGGCCUUCAGCUGGACUCAAGCUUAGAGGGCUCAGAACAAAAUGUACCUCAAAGAAGGCGACGUUUCGCCAGGGCCAAACCCAAUUUAGGAUCAUCCACCAGAACAACACAGUCACAAUUGCAGCCAGAGGAUAUCAGUAAAUGCCCAACACAGCACUCCUCAAAUAUAACCUCAGAACAACAGCCUGUGGACAAUAAGAGUGGACAAACUGAACUGGAAUCCACAGAGAAAGAUGGCAAGCACUUGACAUCCCUGCACUCAGAAAAUUCAUCAAGUAGUAGAAAUGAUAAGGGUAGCUCCUCUGGUAGUAUCGUCAUAGCAACACCUUUGGUUGCUGAGAAUCAGCCUAUAUUGACAGACUCGACUGCUGAAGAUAAAAGCAGUGAAAAACCCACAGUUGAAGGGGAAUCCACAGGGAACAGUACUUCAAGUCACGACAAGAUGGAGGCCUCAGAAGAUGGUUUGGCAGAGUCAAAAAUGAAAUCUAUACUCCCAGAUAAUGUACAGUCAACACGAGAUCCAAAAGAAAGCACUCAGCAGCAAGAUUCAGAGAAUGAAUCAGAGAUAAAAAGUCAAGAAUCUGUCCAACGCAUUUCUGAGACCACUGAAGCUAAUCGAACAACCAACGUCAAAUCUCCAUCCCCCAAAUGCACUGAUGAUACUCAAUCAUCAAGAAAUUCCCCUCAAGCUCGUAGAGGCAGGCUUAUUAAACCCAAACCCAACCUGGGGCGCAGCAGUCGACCUCCACAGCCCCAACAAGUCCAGAACACACCACCAGCAGCAGAAACAGAUUCUGGCACUUGCUCAGAAGACGUUAAUGCUUCUGGUUCACACAGACCUGUCGCUGAACUCCAACCUGACAUUCAGGAACCAGUAGAGGGAGCUAUUGAACCACAAAGUAACAAUGAGUCCCUUCUAAAUGAUGCUGGGAUGCCCUCAGGCUGUGUGACACAAGCACCUGAGAAUUCUUCCCAGGAUGCAUCAACAUCAAGUACAGCAGGGACUGAAAGUUGUCAGAGUGUCCCUAUAUUUCCAGACAUGCUGUCGAUGCCUUCAGAUCCAGAUGAACCCUUUUUCAUUCUCUCUCUGACUGAGAUCCCAGUCAGCUCCUCAGGGGAGGUGGUGGACAGCACGUCUGAGCCCCCUCCUUAUCUUCCCGUAACAGAUGCAUCAAUACAGCAACAGAGCAGUGUUCCUGGAGAGAGUGCAGCAGCAGUGGAACGUGUGGCUCUCUCUAAUGUCCUUGAGCCUGUGUCCUCGCAGGAGACUGGUGAGACAGGCCUCAUCAGUGUAAAAGAUACCGGGCCGGAGCCGUUUGCAUAUAUACAGAGCUCAAUCAAGGAGAAUCCUGUGGAUCCACAUGAGAGUACUGGAGUCCAGCCACCCAAGUUACCAGAUACUGCAGAGAGCAGCGAGGAGGCCAACAUUCCCCCUACAAAGCAGAGAGGCAAUGGAAGAAGAGCCAAACUGCAGGUUAAGCCGAGCACUACAAGGAAGAAACAAGAUAGCAAGACCCUCGCUGCCAAAGAAGCAGAGCUGAUCCCCAUCCAAGCAAACACCCCCGAGGACUCAGAGCUUUCUGGUCCUUCUGUGCAGCCAGAAGCCUUUGAUGCAACAGCAAGAGAGGAGGUUGUCACCGAACCACAGAAAGGAAGCAGUGAUCAUGGAGACACUGAAAAGGAGACAGGUGGAAAGAACCCCGAGGAUAGCAGCUCAGGAGCACAGGCUAGAGGGACUAGUAGUCGGAAUAGAAAACCAAAAGGCUUCCUUUCCUUCCUCUCUGAGACGGACAAUACCGCCCCUUCAAACAGUCCUCCACGAGGCAAAGCGACUUCCAAGGGGCCUAAGGCUAAAACUCAACCUGCAGCAAGAAAACAGUCUAUCGCAACACCUGUAGCCUCGACAUCACGCAGUGUCGCUCCCACGGCCACUCUGACACAAAUGCCGGAGGAACCCCGCUCAGCGUCCUCGACCACAUCACCUACACUAACAGAAGUGGAUAUCAAACAGACUGCUGAGCACGGCCAACUACGCUCUGACUCACCUCCUAGCACUUCUCAGUCUACAGCUGAGGUUUCCCAGCAAAGUGACUGUGUGGAGAGCAGCUCAAUAGAAGAGGAGCCCACAAGUGUGUCUCAGUACUUCUUAAGUGACAUUUUUACAGAAGUGGACGAGGGAUAAAAGCCAUCGAGAGGCGGUGUGAGAAGAGGAACCUGUGACUGGCUUGCCUUGUUAUUAACUUUUGUUGUGUUAAAUUAUCUCUGUUAAGGUUAAUUUAUAAAAAAAAACUGGUUUGCAGUGAAGCUAAAUUUACUAGACUGACAAACGUGUUUUCAUUUUCACAUGCACUUUGAAUAUGUACAUGUAUAGUUUCAAUUUACUGAAAUGCCUUUUUAAACAGCCAUUAGUUCAAAUAAUAAAUAUUGUAUUGUAUACAUUAACAAGCUCUGGAGAAUCACUAAUUUGACUGAAAGAGUUGACAGCUUUUUCAUAAUUCAUUGUGUUUCAAGCCUCAAGUUCCUUGUUUUUUUUUUUAUUAUUAAUUACCUGUGAAAAUGUGAAUAUUGUACAAUAGCUACAUGGUUGAUUUUUUUUGCAUAUUUGUCCUGUUUUAACAUGUAUUACUUGACAUGUACAGUUCUACAUUUAAAUGUAUUGCAUUUUUUUUUGUCUCUCGUGUGUUUUUGUGCUAUUUUUUUUAACCAUCUGCUCCAAUCUGGAACUAAUUUUGUUUAAAUUUGACAAGAAAGGAUGUCUACAAAUUGGCUUUUCAUUUAGAGAACUAAUAUGGCACUAAAAUGUACGGCUGGCCUCGGUGAAAAGGACGUUAUGGCAAAUUGCUUUGAAUGUUUACAGCACCGCUGAUGCAUCCAAAUUCUGUAUUUAUGGCCUGCAUGUGCACCUCAGUAGGAAGUUACGUUCUCAGUAAGGAGACUAAUUAUUAAACUAUAUAAUAAUGCAAUUCAGCUAUUCAUAGUACCACAAAUCAUGACCUCAGAAAUGAGCUUGUCGUCACCCCUGUGACUUAGUCACAAGAGGGGAGCAUUACUGUAUAAGCUUCUCAGUGACAGUAAGCCUUUUUGUUGCAAGGUGACUGGAUUAAAUUGCUUUUGAACUGUG